UAGUUCUCUCACACACACACAAACUAUACACCGAAUCACCCACUUAAUACGUAAUCAAUGUGGUUCAUUCGGUUGAGAAUGAGACGCACAACCAAUUCUCUUAGUUGAUUAGAUUAGGUUUCUCGUCUUUACUCCCUUACCAAAUUUUGGAGAUUUUCUUGUAUUAGACACCGACUCGUUUAAAAGAAGUGAUCACAGCUUCUAUUAGCUCAAAAAAAAGCUUCUAUUAGCUGUAAUCUCUUUUGACUGAUUGAUUAUUUUCUACAGUUAUUUAUACCAUACUUUUACAUGGAUGAUUAACUGGAGCCCACUGAAAAGCCCAUUUAGUUAUCGGCCCAUUAUUUUGAUAGUUAAGAGAGCUCUCUCGUCUCGUGCGUUGUCCUCACAGAAACAAACCCUAAAGAGAAGCGAGUUCCGUCUUAAUUUUCUCUUGUUGUCUCUCCAGCGAAAAUGGCGUCGUUCGAUGAAGCACCACCAGGAAACUCCAAGGCCGGUGAGAAGAUCUUCAGAACCAAGUGCGCUCAGUGUCACACCGUCGACAAAGGCGCCGGUCACAAACAAGGACCGAACCUAAACGGUCUGUUUGGAAGGCAGUCUGGAACAACAGCCGGUUACUCUUACUCUGCGGCUAACAAGAACAAAGCUGUUGAAUGGGAAGAGAAGACCUUGUACGAUUACUUGCUCAACCCCAAGAAGUACAUUCCUGGAACAAAGAUGGUCUUCCCUGGGCUCAAGAAGCCACAAGAUCGCGCUGAUCUCAUCGCCUACUUGAAGGAAGCUACUGCUUAGUCAAUCUAUCAACCAAUGGUGUUCUGGGUCAUCAUUAAUUAUUAUUCUUUUGACAAAUAAAAUCUCCAAAACUUUUGAAACUUUUUUUUUACUUUUGGAUAUUGUGUCUUCUUCAAAUAUGUUUUGGUGAGUACCAAAUGUACUCAUGAGUACUUUCAUUUUCUGAGGCUCAUUUAUAUAAAUGCAUCUAUCUAUAAGCAUUUUCUUUUCUCACA